AUGCAGCUUACGUGGCUUUGCUUCAAGGUUACACAAGCCCUCGAUCAGAUCAUCAGACUCCCGUCACCUCGUAACAUUCUAACUUUGAUCAUUCAUCACAAUGACCCAGACAUGGAAGUCGCCGGUCUCAUAAUAGGCAUAGCCGGUCUCUUUAGCACCUGUCUAGAAGCUGCAGACAGGGUUCAACCAUAUCGCUCAUUCGGUCCUGACUCGCAUAUCCUGGGAACUCGAUUCCAGGCUGCGAAGAUCGUUUUAGAGCAGUGGGGAGCCCGUGUAGGCUUCGAGAAUGGCACUCUGUCGCAGAAACAUAGCCCGGAAUUGGACCAGCCUGAUAUAGAAAUUGCUGUCAAAGAGGUCCUGACGAUUAUCAAAACAAUAUUAGACGCAUCUGACGGACGUGCCAUAGAGACAGCCAAGAACGACCAGUCGAUGGCGGAGCUUCAGGCUAUCCUCCGUCGCAUGGAGAAAGAAGCUAGAGCCGAAAUACGCAAGCAAGUCCUCUUGUGGAUCGGCCACGGUCGUACUGGUCAACAUUAUCAUGACUCUCUGCAGAAGAAGCAAAAUGGAACAUGCGGAUGGAUACACGAGCGCGAAGUAUUCAAGAAAUGGCUAAGUCCAGAGUUUGCCAACGGCCUCAAAGCUCUCUGGAUCAAUGAACCUGCUGGCUUUGGCAAGACCAUUCUUUGCGCCAGUGUGGUAGAACAUCUUCUAAACACCCUCGACACACCAGUCGGGUAUUUCUUUAUCACAUCUGAAUCGAGAGGACGCAAUGAUCCAGUCGUUGCCGUACGAACUUAG